AGAUGAGAGGUCCAGCCAAAAUUCCCAUCUGAUCACACUGCACAAAAGCCUGAAUUAAAAGAUGUAUGCAGCAUUACCUGUGGAUUAUGGAUGCAAUAAUUAAAUUAACAAAUGAUCUACUCAGAAUACUCGUGAAAUUUAGGCUGAUGCAAAUGUGUAAAGAGGAAUUUCCCUGGUCCUAUAAAAAGGUCAUGCCACCCAAUAAAUAGAGCAGAGAAGCAGAAAGAACUUCAUCUUCCUGACUGUCUGGUUCAGAUCACCCUCACCAUAAUGUUUUUAACCCUCUCAACGGAGCUGCUCAUCCUCCUCUCUGUGCGCUCCUGUCUGGCGAACGGCGUCACCUCCCCGCUGACCUACAAAGUCACCGACCCGAUCACCGGCAACCCUCUGCAGUGUGACCGCUGCCCGCCGGGAACCUUCCUGCGCGCUAGAUGCUCCUCCAUCAAAAAGAGCGAGUGCGCUCCGUGUCCACAGGACUCCUUCACGGAGCUCUGGAACUACAUCGGAAGAUGUUUACGCUGCGGAGACUGCGGGCGGAACCAGGUGGUGAAGAAGGAGUGCACCGCAAACAGCGAUUGUCAGUGCGAGUGUAAACAGGGUUACUUCUACCGUCAGGACUACGACAUGUGCGUCCGGCACAGCGAGUGUCCCUCUGGGCAGGGAGUACUCGCCAAAGGUACACCAGAGAGAGACACAGUGUGCGGUCGCUGCUCUGUUGGCACCUUCUCUGACAUUUCCUCCACUGAUCAAAACUGCACACAGCACAAGAGCUGCAGCGACGCAGGGAUGCAUUUGGUGCUGAAAGGCGCCGUUUGGCAUGACAGCCUUUGUGCAAACUGUAGAGACCGGAAAGACGGAGCUGAAUAUCUCAAAGAAAUUGUCCCCGCCUUCUUCAUUCAUCACAAAAUAAUAAUCAAACGGCUGCGUCGAAUAGUGAACAAGCUUCCAUCUGACGACGUCAGAAAGCAGGAAGGAACUUCGGAGCUCAGCUUCUCAGAGCUUCACUCACGCAUCAGCAGCUGGGUUUCAUCUGCAACUCCGAUGCAGAUCCGGCAGCUUCCAGCCAUUAUGAUUAAACUGAGAGUAUCUCACGCAGGAGAAAAACUACAAAAGAAGCUGAAUGGAAUUGACAAAAAUCUAUUAAAGCUGUGCCAUUUAGGAAAUGAUACGGAGGUAGACUUAAAUUAAACUUCGUCUUAAUUUUAAUCUGCUGUAAUUUUUUUCUGUUUUUCACAGGCUGCUUUGUUAUGAUAAGACUUGAUUUUUUUGUGUCAUAUCAACAUGCUGUCUUAUUUCUGUUGUUGCAGGUUUUUACACUUUAUGCCAAGUUAAAAGAAAACUGGAGCUUUUAAUUUAGUUUUAGGAUGUAGAGUUUGUAUUGAGGGGAUCUAAAAGAUGUAAAAGGGGCAGUAUUAUGUAAAUGUCGUAUUUGAAGGUUCUUCCCUCACCAUAACCAUACCUUUAAUCUCCGUAACACCUGGGUGGACCUAGCGCUGCCUUCGAUAUGCAGCUCCAAGGUGGAGCAGCAGUUUCAAAGCUUUCGCAUCACAGAGCAGCCCUCUCCCACUGAGCUCCUUCAGACUAGCCAGCAACAAUUAGCAAAAACCUGGUGGAAUUGCGCAUCAGCUAAGGUCUUUUUAGGAGCUCACCUGGUUGUGGAACUUUGGUAAAAACAUUGUUAAAGGGUUAAUAGAGAAGCGCUGUUGUGAUGACUUUCUGAAGGUGGAGUUUCAGAAGGAAAGUUGGUUUUUAAACCAGCUGAAGUUGAUUUCAUAAUUUAAUGCCUUGAAAUGAGUUUCCAGGCAUUAAAUUAUGAAGUCAACUUUUUUUUAAGUCAUAUUUUAUCUAUGCAUCAUUUUUAUAACAACAUACUUGUUGUUAUAAAAAUUGUGCUAUAAAAUGGCACUAUGUGCCUGGAAAAUACAUAAUGCUGCCCCUUUAAAUUCAUAAAGUGUAAAUGUUGAAAAGUUUCAGUCUACAUUUAUCUACCUCCCCUAUUUAUUUCUCCUGAAGACAGAUUGAAUGCUUUUCACUUUUACUCACUGUAUUUCAAAACUUGCAUUUCAAAAGUAUUACUUUGGUACGUCUUGUGUUAAAAUUGUCAAAAGAGGGAUAUUAAUUUAUUUGAAGAAAUAUGCAAAGUGUUUUUAUUUUAUACACAUAGAAUUCUUGUUGUUUUUAAUAUAGAAUACUGCUGCAUAUAUUGCUCAAAUAAAACAAAACAUAUAUAAUCAGUGCUAAUUAAUCUUUUGUAACAAUGACAGCUCCACCAAUAUCUUCAAUCAAUACUCACAUAUCCAGACAAUUUGGAUUUCAGAGAUUUAAUGUACAGCCAUACACA